AUGCUUAAUUUUAAAACAGCUUUAUCAUUUAAAUAUAUCAACAGAGUUAAUUUGAACGUAUUAGUGAAGGAUUCGAUAAGAUCGAGUAGUAAACUAGGCUGGAGUCACAUGGCAACAGAAUCGGACCUGAGAGACUGGAAGCCUCCGUCUAAACAAAAUAAAUUUGUAACAGGAUUGAGACUGAGGAAUUCGUUAAAACAUUCGGAAAACGUGGAAUUUGUGCCCGAGGAAGGAAGGAAGGUUAAAUGGUACACCUGCGGACCAACAGUAUAUGACGUAGCCCAUAUGGGCCACGCAAGGACGUAUAUCGCCUGUGAUACAAUAAGGAGCAUCAUGCAGAACUAUUUGAAUUACGACGUGUUCUUCGUGGAAAACAUAACGGAUAUAGACGAUAAGAUCAUCCAGAGAGCCUUAAAGGAGGGGAAGGAGUUCUCGGAUGUGUCGUCGCACUGGGAAAGGGAGUUCUGGAGCGAUAUGCUAUCGCUGGGAGUGAGCUUGCCAGACUGCAUAACAAGAGUGAGCGACUACGUUGAGGAGAUCGUGGAGUUUAUCGAAAGGAUAGUGAGCAACGGGUACGCAUACGAGUCAGAAGGAAGCGUGUACUUCGACAUAGAGGCGUUUAGAAGCAGCGGCAAGCACGCGUACGCGAAGCUGGAGCCAAACAGCUUCAACGACCUAAACAGAAUACUGGACGCGGAGGGAUCACUGACCGAAGUGUCGGCGAACAAGAGGUCGAAGAGCGACUUUGCGCUGUGGAAGAGGUCGAAGGAAAAUGAGCCAUCAUGGGACUCGCCCUGGGGACCAGGGAGGCCAGGUUGGCACAUAGAGUGUAGCGCAAUGUCGAGUUGCAUAUUUGAAAAGGGAGUGUUUGACAUACACUCAGGAGGAAUAGACCUGAGGUUCCCACACCACGACAACGAAAUAGCGCAGUCGGAAGCAUACUUCGACUCAAACAGAUGGGUCAACUACUUCAUACACUUCGGACACCUGCACAUCAAGGGGCUGAAGAUGAGCAAGAGCCUGAAGAACUUCGUGUCAAUCAAAGAGAUGCUCUCAAGAUAUAACAGGAGACAAAUAAGGUUGUUGUUUCUUAACGCAAGAUACGACUCGACGUUGAAUUUUAACUACGACGCAGAAGGAAUGGACGAGACAGUGAAGAUAGACGACGAAUUGUACAAUUUCUUCUCAAGGUUGAAUUCGAGGCUGUCGAAGCCUGAGCUGGAGCAGAAAUGGUCAGAAGAACACCUGGAACUAAGUAGAAUGUUCGAACGCCUGAAAACAGAGGUGCACGAAGCAAUAUUGGAUAACUUUGACACGCCUGAAGUGUUGUCGCUAAUAAGGAAGUUUGUAACACACGUUAACACGUUCAUGUCGGAUGUUACGAAGACAGUGAAUUACACGCAGGCACUGUCAUUUAAAGAGUAUCUAUACAGAAUAUUGGGAGUGUUUAAGUUAGUGGAACCAGGAUGCGAAUACGGAGUAGAUAAGGAAGUUAGUACAUCGGAGAAUGAGAAGAAGCUGCUGGAGGAGUUGGUAAACUUGCGCCAAAAGACACGGGUAUUUGCACAAGCCGCGCUGAAGAGCAACAGCACGGAAGAAGCAAAGAGCAUACUGAAGCAUUGUGAUCACAUAAGAGACGUAUCGCUACCAAACAUGGGAAUAAUAUUAGAAGAUGACGGAAGCAGCGUAGUAAAGUACAAGUCACUGCACGAUCAGGAGUUGGAAAGACUGAGAAAGGAGGAAAAGAAAAAGCAGAGAGAACAAUUAGAGAGAGAAAGGCUGGAGAUUUUGUCGACACCGCCGGAGGAGUACAUACACAAGUCGUUUCCAAACAAAUUUGGAAAGUUGGAUGAGCAAUAUCUGCCAGUAGAAUACAUUGAUGGAACGCCAAUAUCGAAAAGUGAAAGGAAGUCAAUGGAGAAGGUAAAUGAAAAAGUAACAUUGUGGUUUAGUUGA